AUGGGUAUCAAACAUCUGUACCAGGUGAUCUCCGAGAAUGCCCCCGAUGCGAUCAAGACGGGCGAGAUCAAGAACCAUUUUGGUCGCAAGGUCGCAAUUGAUGCGUCCAUGAGCAUCUACAGUUUCCUGAUCGCCGUGCGCUCGGAGGGUCAGCAGCUCAUGAGCGAGUCCGGCGAGACCACUUCCCACCUGAUGGGCAUGUUCUACCGUACCCUACGAAUGGUAGACAACGGCAUCAAGCCUCUUUACGUGUUCGACGGUGCCCCACCGAAGCUCAAGUCCGGAGAAUUGGCGAAGCGUGUUGCACGUAAAACCGAAGCAGCCGAAGCCCACGAAGAGGCCAAAGAAACCGGAACUGCGGAGGAUGUCGAGAAGUUCUCACGGCGGACUGUUCGCGUCACCCGUGAACACAACGCGGAGUGCAAGAAGCUUCUUAGCCUGAUGGGCAUUCCUUACAUCACCGCGCCGACGGAAGCGGAAGCCCAGUGUGCUGUUCUGGCUCGUGCAGGCAAGGUGUACGCGGCUGCGUCGGAGGAUAUGGAUACAUUGUGCUUCGAGUCGCCGAUUCUCCUCCGUCAUCUUACGUUCAGUGAGCAGCGCAAGGAGCCCAUCCAGGAGAUUCACCUGGAUCGAGCACUCGAGGGUCUUGAUAUGGAUCGUGCACAGUUCAUUGAUCUCUGCAUUCUGCUCGGCUGUGACUACCUUGAACCCAUUCCCAAGGUAGGAGCGCACACUGCUCUCAACCUUAUCAAAGAGCACAAGUCCCUGGAGAAGGUGCUGGAGUACAUGAACAACGACCCAAAGAAAAAAUACGUUGUGCCUGAAGAAUGGCCCUACCAGGACGCGCGUGAACUUUUCACCAACCCGGACGUCCGGCCUGCCGAUCACCCUGAAUGCGACUUUAAAUGGGAUGCGCCCAACAUUGAGGGUUUGAUCGAGUUCCUGGUCAAAGACAAGGGAUUCAACGAAGACCGUGUGCGCAACGGUGCCGCCCGUCUGUCGAAGCACCUCAAGACUGCGCAACAGUCCCGGCUGGAGGGAUUCUUCAAACCCGUUGCUCGCACCGAAGACGAGAAGGCGUCUCUCAAGCGCAAACACGAUGAGAAGCUGCAGCAGCAAAAGAAGAAAAAGAAGGAUGAAGCUAAAGCUAAGAAGGACGCCAAGUCAAAGCCACGUGGAGCGGCCUAA